AAAGAAGGAAUAAAAGACGAGCAAAAAAAAAAAAAGGAUUCAAUUAGAGCAAUCAUAGGAUUCCGUCGCUCUCUACAGCUUUCGUCUCCUUCCUUUAUCCAAACCGUUUGAUUAUAUUAUUUUCCAGGAGAAGAAAAAAUAGGAGGAAUUAUAUCAGGGAAUUAUUGCUUCUCCCUAACGCCUUUAGAAGCGUCUUGCAUCGUAAGCAAAGAAUUCACUAUUUAGAUAUUAGGUUUGUGAUCGGUUAUGUACGAGUCCGCUUAGAUUCGCAUCUCCAGUUAAUUUCCGGCGUAACUGAAGACUAAAACAGUCCAAGCAGCAAAGAUAAACGCUGUUACUGCUUCUUAGUGUGUUUCCUGACCGAGGAAGCAGCACCAACAGAGACUUGGGUUUAAAUUUUAUUCUAUGUGGCCUCUAUGUUUUCUGCUCAACAAGAUAUUGAAAGUCCAAGAGAGGAAUCAGGGGAGAUCAGAGGAAGAAGAGCAUGAUGGAGAUUCCAUUUCUCCUAAAUAUUCCCCCUUUGUAACAACAACUAGUCAUGGAAAAAACCUCAAUGCUCCUCCAUCCUCGUCCCACAUGGAAGUCCCUCAUGUACAUCAGCUAGCUUCAUGGGAUUGUGGCCUCGCUUGUGUUCUCAUGGUUCUCCGAGCUACCGGCAUCACUACCUGCUCUAUUCAGGAUUUGGCCGACAUUUGCUCCACGAAUAGCAUUUGGACUGUUGAUCUCGCAUAUUUACUGCAAAGGUUCUGCGUGGAAUUUUCUUAUUGCACAAUCACUUUCGGAGCGAAUCCAAAUUACUCCAUUGAGGAAUUCUACAAGGAACAGCUCCCUGAAGAUCUGCUCCGUGUGGAUUUACUCUUCAGAAAAGCACAUGAAUCUGGCGUUAUUAUACAGUGCAGAUCAGUUAGUAUCCAUGAGAUUUCUUGUUUGCUAUUGUCUGGGAACUAUAUCGCCAUUGCAUUAGUCGAUCAGGACAAGCUAAGCAAGUCUUGGUUGGAGGAAGUGUUUGCCGCUGGUCUUCACAACAGCAACUCCAGCUACACUGGUCACUACAUUGUGAUAUGUGGCUACGAUGCUGUUAAGAAUGAGUUCGAGAUCAGAGAUCCCGCCAGUUCCAAGGUGCAUGAGAGGAUAUCGUCAAGAUGCCUAGAGAAUGCCCGGAAAUCGUUUGGUACAGACGAAGAUCUUCUCCUGAUAAACUUGGAGAACAUUAAGAAGCAGAAAGAAUAAUUUCUCAUCGUCAUGAUCAUCAUCAAAUCAGUCUGGAUUAUAAUGAAAAACCACCCGAGUGUUCUAUCCCAGAAAGAGCUAUACUUCUUUACAUAUAUAUACCUAUAUAUACACAUAUUCAUAUAGAGAGAGGUACAUGGAUCGCCAGUGAACUCAAGAGUAUAGGCUUGACAUGGAUCAGAUUUGUCUCUGUUUCUAAGCAGUUAUAGUUAUUCCUUUUGUACAAAUUGGUUUUGUCAUAAAGUCCCUUAGGAUAUGAAUGCAUAUAACAUUUGAUUGA